AAUAACGCCUGUUACUUUUUGCAUAACCCUUCACUAACAUGGCUGCGUGCCGUGUAGCAGCGAUGCGAACUAUCGCAAGAUGUCGAUCUUUUCAAACGUAUCGUGCAUUCUCCACGGGUUCCACGUCUCGUGCCUCCGUUGCUGUGGUGUUAUCUGGAAAUGGAGUUUUUGAUGGCGCAGAGAUUCAUGAGGCCUCAGCGGUACUGGUUCACCUGAGCCGAGCUGGAGCUGAUGUGAGUAUAUAUGCACCAGAUAUUCCACAGAUGCAUGUCUUGAAUCAUGCUAAAGGAGAAGAAAUGGAGGGUGAGACCCGAAAUGUCUUGGUUGAGUCUGCCAGAAUAGCUCGUGGAAAGAUCACUUCUCUUGCCAAUCUUGAUGCUGCUUCCCAUGAUGCUGUUGUUUUUCCAGGAGGGUUUGGAGCAGCAAAGAACUUGAGUUCCUUUGCUGUGGAUGGUGCAGGCUGCACAGUUAAUGAGGAGGUGGCAAAAUGUAUCAACAAUUUUCAUGCUGCCAAAAAACCUAUUGGUCUUUGUUGCAUUUCACCAGUGUUAGCAGCCAAGCUCAUCCCUGGCGUUGAAAUAACGGUAGGACAGGACAAGGAUGAUGGAGGCCGCUGGCCAUAUGCGGGUACUGCAGACGCUGUGCAACAGAUGGGAGCAAAACACAUAAACAAAGAUGUCAACGAAAUUCAUGUGGACCAACAGAACAAGGUUGUUACAACUCCAGCAUUCAUGUGCGAAACAAAAGUCCAUGAGAUACACGAUGGUAUCGGCAAGAUGGUAGAGGCGAUCGUGAAGAUGGUUUGAUUUCACGUAAAUGUCAACAUGUAGGGCAUUAAUACAAGCACUAAAAAAUUAGUGCUCGUAUUAACCCGUAGAGGUGAUACCUGUAGUAAAGUAGCUAAAGAGAUAAAGAGAUGGCCAUCUGUAAUGGGGAGCGGCGUUGAAGCUUUACCAAAUACAGCAAGUUUUAACCAGAUAAAGGUAAUAAAUUAACAUUGUUUUCUCUUGA